GUCAACACACCAUGGCGGACGACGCUAAACCUGUGCCUUUAGUGCUAAAAUGCAUUGUUUGUGGGUCAAUCUCCACUCUUAAAAGGUGUUCGCGCUGUAAACGGGUUGUCUACUGUAGCAGGGAGCACCAACUCAAAGACUGGCCAAAUCACAAGCCGUCGUGUUGCAUAAGUAAAUCAGAGAUCGGCGGCAAGCGUGACGAAACAAGCAGCUCGGCAAACAGUGUUUAUCAACAAUCGCAUGGAGGCGCCAAUGGGAUAACCACAAACGGAACGUUAAAGGCGGUAUGUGACGAUCAACGUGGAAUGAAUAAAAAUGAAACCAGCAUAGCUAGAGACGAAAGGGGGAAAUGUUUAGUUGAGAUAACAAGGUCCGAGAUAUUGGAUCAACCAAACACCCACACAGACUUGGAAACUGACAAAGAAACAGACAAAGUAUUGAAUGAUAAAACAAAUUACAACCAACUUCGCACUGAUCAGAAAGACGAUAGUUCAACGGAAUAUACGGCAUUUGACGAAAGACCUUUCAUUGAACGGAACUUUGAUAAACCUAAAUCCAAAAACAAAAGAAAUAUAGCCAAGUUUGUUGUGGACAGCCUGAAAAAUAACAAUUUUUGUGUGCUUGAUUCCCUAUUUGAAGACGAUCACGUUGAGAGAAUAUUAGCGGAAAUAAAAAGUCUGGAUGCCAAGUCUCAGUUAAAGACUGGAAAACUAGCUGGAGGCCGAACAAGUGAUGACAAUAACGAGAAGGUAUUGAAGUCUGAAAUUCGAAGUGAUCGGAUGGCAUGGGUUGACCGGAACCAACAGGAUAUCCCCGAGAUUGGCAGGGCAGUUGAGCGUCUCGAUUCUAUCCUGACUGACCUAAAUCCCCUUCUCGAGGGACAAGACUGCUUCAUCAAUAGCCGUACCAAGGUAAUGGUGACCUGCUACCCGGGAGAGGGGACCUGUUAUAGACGUCACGUGGAUAACCCCACGAGGGACGGGCGACGAAUCACAUGCAUCCUGUACCUCAACCGUGACUGGAAUGUCCAGACGGAUGGAGGUUUGUUGAAGAUAUUUCCAAAAGGCAGUGAUGACCAUGUGGAUAUUCCGCCAUUGUUUAAUCGACUGUUGUUGUUUUGGUCCGAUAGUCGAAAUCCACACGAAGUACAACCUGCAUAUAGAACAAGGUAUGCCAUGACCGUUUGGUAUUUUGACGAGAUGGAGCGCAACAAAGCAAAGGAAGAGAAAUGUCAUUUAGAAUCAAUGAGAAUCCGAGGUAAUAUCGCACUGAUGGAAAAGGACAGAAUUCAGCAAGAAAUAGACAGUCAAGCGGAAAAGGCAGUGGGAUCUCUCUCCAAACAGGAACUCGAGGCUUUGGCAGCAUUGACACGAGACCAUCCAAAUCCACGGGACGUCUUAAGUGAGAUGGGUAUAGCCGACUGUAUCCAGGAUGUCCUGAUCAAGGCCUUGGAGAAAGUUUAAUCGAUUGGUCCUAGUUAUCGUAAAAGUAUUAGGAUCGACAUUCAUUCAUAAUAUAAUUAUUAUAUCUCUAAUAAGCUGGAUAUUUACCCAGCAUAAAGAGACCAUUUAAAACUAAAAUACAACAUUCUUUUUAUGGUGUGUAACAACUGUUAACAUGACCCCAUGUUUUCCUGAUAAAUACGUCAUCAGUUAUCAGCGUUUUGUUAUAAUAGCAUUCAUUGAUAUUUAAAAACACAUUGAUAUCACUGGCAUUAAAAUCAUCUUCCUUUAACUA